ACACGAACGACGAGGCGUCUCAAAAAUCUUUAACGGCUUCUUCUUUCAUCUCACCUAAAGCUCUUCUUCCCUCGUCCACAGACACAUCCUAAAAAAACACAUUCCAAUUUAUAGGGUUUGAAAUUCAACAAAACCUCCAAUUUUCUCAAACACAUUCCCUAAAUUCAUCUGUCUUCCACAAACAAAAAUGUCGUCUCCUUCUUCAGUUCAAAGCUCAAUUCUGAGCUUCAAUGGCGUCCGCUCUUGCUACACUUCUUCUCUCUCCUACCGCGUCCUAUCUCUCCCAGUUUUCCUCGAAAAUAGCGCGAAAAAAUUCAAUCGAAAUCGUCUAAAACAGAAGAAAAUUAAGGAUUUUGGCAAAAUUUGUCGUGCGAUGGUUCAGCAGACUGUUCAAGGACCUUCUGCUGCUUAUGCUCGAGAAAUGGAGCGUCUUUCUGCUAAAGAGUCGCUUUUACUUGCUCUUAAAGAUGCAGGAGGUUUUGAGGCUUUAGUCACAGGGAAAGUCACCGAGAUGCAGCGAAUUGAUGUGAUGGAGAGGAUAACUGCUCUUGAGCGUCUGAAUCCAACACCUCGACCCACAACGUCACCCUAUCUAGAAGGCAGGUGGAACUUUGAGUGGCUUGGGUCUGGUACUCCAGCCGCUGCUCAAUUCAUUUUGGAGAGAUUUCCCACCACAUUGGCAAACCUUUCGAAGAUGGAUGUAUGGCUAAAGGAUACUUAUUCAAAGGUCACAGCCAAUUUGAGACUAUUUAACUCGGUCGAAAGCAAAUUCACCUUAUCCUCCAAGCUAUCUGUUGAGGGGCCACUCAGAAUGAAAGAAGAAUAUGUUGAGGGCAUCCUCGACUCACCUAUGGUUGUCGAAGAAGCUGUCCCUGAUCAGCUAAGAGGUCCAUUGGGUCAAGCUGUUGGUGCAGUUCAACAACUUCCAGUUCCAAUCAGGGAUGCAAUUUCUAAUGGCCUCAGAAUUCCUUUGAGUGGAAGCCUCCAGAGGAUGUUUAUGAUCUCAUAUCUAGAUGAAGAGAUACUUAUUAUAAGGGAUUCUUUUGGAGCACCUGAAAUUUUGACAAGGCUGGACUCAGCCUCUUCUCCUGAAGUGGAACCUUCAAUGGAGUAUGAAAGCUAAGUUAAAGAAUUCUUGUUUGUUAUGUUGACCAUAUACAGUUCGUUAUUCAUGCUCAUAAUUUUGGUAGAGCAUGAUAAUUCCCACUCUUUUCUAUUCCUAUCUCUUACUCUAAAAAAAGCGCGUAGAAGUUGAUUUUUUUAAAAAACAUUCAUACAUUCUAAUUAUUGAGGAUUACAUGAUGAAGCUUCAUUUAUAGUUGAUACGAGCCAAUAUAUUUUUGUAAAUAACUUGGUUAAUGCCAGUAGCGGUUGCUUUUUAAGCGUUUAAUUAAAUUGAUCUUCCAAAAUCAGUAUCUCCAUCAAGCUUAUAUUUUCUUUUAUGGUACUCA